AUGAACUUGAAGAUUUUUCCUAUAUAUGUUGAUAGUAACAACUCUCAUGUUUUCAAUAAAAGUGAGGUUCUUCGGAUCAGAGACUUGUUCAUAGACUUUAAUCUUCCCGGAAAUGACUUCCUUGGACCUUAUGAAAUUGUAGACUUCAUUCUCCUGGAUCUCUGUUCAGGGAUAAGUAAAAGUGCACUGGCUGGAAUAGUCUUAGGUGCAAUUGCUUUUUUUGUUACUUUAUCUGCAAUUGUCACGAUUCUCAUAUGGAGAAUACGCUUGAGAUAUAAUCAUACACCUUCCAAACGGCCAAAAGCUAUGAACCUGGGAACAGAUAAGGCUAAGAAGGUGCAAACACCCCUCCACUGCACUCUGCCCAUACAU